GGUCCGUUGCUAAGGAGGAGGUUUGGUUGAGUCUCCGUGUAGCAGCCAUUCAGCGGCAGUGGCUGAAGCGAUUGGACUGCGAGCGUCUCUUCCGACUCUUUCUGUGGAAUUUGAAUUAUUUCGGCACGGCACGGUUCGUGGAACAUAGGUGACGGCAUUGACGGUGCAUCUUCUGGUCGCAGCGGUGGUCACAGGGGGCUCAGCGAUGAAUAAGCUACGGCAGAGCUUCCGCCGGAAGAAAGACGUCUACGUGCCGGAGUCGAGUCGGCCGCACCAGUGGCAGACAGACGAGGAGGCGGUCCGCAGCGGCAAAUGUAGCUUUGCAGUCAAGUACCUGGGACAUGUUGAGGUGGAGGAGUCUCGCGGCAUGCACAUCUGCGAGGAUGCAGUGAAGCGGCUGAAAACGGACAGGAAAUUCUUCAAGGGAUUCUUUGCUAAAGCUGGAAAGAAGCCAGUGCGCGCUGUGUUGUGGGUGUCGGCAGAUGGUCUUCGUGUUGUAGACGACAAAACGAAGGACCUGAUUCUGGACCAGACAAUAGAGAAGGUGUCAUUCUGCGCUCCGGACCGUAACUUUGAGAGGGCGUUCUCUUACAUCUGCAGGGACGGCACCACGCGACGUUGGAUCUGCCAUUGUUUUAUGGCCAUUAAAGACUCAGGAGAGCGUCUCAGUCAUGCUGUGGGUUGUGCAUUCGCCGCCUGUCUGGAGCGAAAGCAGAAACGGGAGAAGGAGUGUGGGGUCACGGCAACCUUCGAUGCCAACAGAACCACUUUCACCCGUGAGGGCUCAUUUCGUGUUACUACGGCAACAGAGGCGGCAGAGCGGGAGGAAGUCAUGCGGCAGCUACAGGAUGCUAAAAAAGCAGAGACCGAUGUGAAGGUUGCUGGGAACUCUGCCACUAGUGUGACAAACUCCUCCGCACACCAGACGGGAGGCUCCCCAUCCCCCUCGUCCUCCCCACCGCUCUCUAUGUCCACCCUGGGACCCCAGGUGAUACCACGCAGACAUGCACCGGCAGAGGCUCUGGCCAGGCAGGGCUCUUUCAGAGGCUUCCCGGCCCUUAGUCAGAAAACUUCUCCCUUCAAACGACAGAUGUCCCUGCGCAUGAACGAGCUGCCCUCCACCAUGCAGCGCAAGUCUGACUUUCCAAUAAAGAACACAGUCCCUGAGGUAGAAGGAGAAAGUGACAGCAUCAGCUCCCUGUGCACUCAGAUAGCCUCAGCAUUCAGUGGACCCCCAGAGGACCCCUUCUCCUCAGCACCAAUGCCCAAACCCGCUUCAUCCCCACAGUCUCCUGUAGCACCAGUGAACGGCACAGCUCCUGCCUUCUCUGUUGCUGCUGCUGCUACUGCUAACCCCCCACUUCUGCCCCCUGCUCUGCCUGCUCGAGACACUAACCCCUGGGCUAAGACCCCAGCAGUGGCACCGGCCUCAGCACAGCCAGGAAGUAACUGGUCAUCCCCUACUCCGGUGAUAGUGGUCCCCCCCACAUCCUCCCCAUCCAUGUCCUCACACAAACGCACACCAUCAGAAGCAGACCGCUGGCUAGAAGAAGUCACCAAGUCUGUCCGAGUCCCGCAGCCUAACCCCAUCGUGGCAGCAGCCCAGCAGCCCACCCAGCCGUUCUCUGCCCCUGUGGCUAUGCCUGUGCCGUCUGUUCCCCCGGUGGCCUUCGUGUCCUCUCUGCCCUCGGCCGUGCCCAUGUUGCCCCCUCGCCAGCCGGCCUUCCACGCUCAGGCUCCAGCUUCCUACCCGAUGCCCAACGGGCUGCCUUUCCCUCAGCCUAGCCUGCCCGUGGUCGGCAUCACUCCUUCACAGAUGGUGGCGAAUGUGUUUGGCUCAGCCACACAACCGCAGCCAUAUCCCGUCUCGGCCUCCACGACACCGCAGCAUGAUCCCCGGGCCGCCGGCAACAUCAGCCCGUUCAUCAAACCACCACAAUUAAAUGCAGUGAACCCUGCUCCCCUCCAGCCAUCCAAUGGUAGUGUGACCUUUAACGGGGCAGACAGUUGGGCUGCUCCGUCCCAACUCGCUCCAUCCUCCCCGGCCACCCAGCCACCCCCACAGCCGCAGGAAGAUGCCUUCGAGGCCCAGUGGGCAGCCUUGGAGGGCCGCUCGCGCCAGCGCACCACAGCCUCCCCAACAAAUCCUUUCUCCACUGAGCUGCACAAGACCUUUGAAAUCCAGCUCUGACUGUACAAUAGGGAGGCCAUUUUAGUUGGGGAAGCAGAUGUAUGAUUGACUAAAGAAGAAAAGGGGAACGUCCUCCUGUGCCUCGCUUCAUCUCGGUUUCAGUGGACAAGCUCAGCAGGACCGAAAAGAACCGUGACACAGCGGAGAGCAACGGGUGACUCAACAGGAAGCAGAACUCUGCACAGCAGUGAUGGGAGAAAAAAACAAAACCAGUUGCUGUGAACAAGAGUGCAGCUCCCCAGGCAUUUCAUUAGCAUUGUCUGUAUUGUUUUGUUUGUGCUGUGAAGCGCAAGGUCAUCAUUACCCUGUGGAAUAUCUGCACCAAGCCACACCAAGCCCCCUGUCAGCCCCCAUGUACCCACCCAGGUGUGGUGACUCCCGUCCCCGGCCAGCCUUGGCUCGGUCCUGCUCCCAGCUUCUCUGUUGACAGGACGAGACCUCCCUCCCCUGGCAGAGGAACUGCAGCACUGAGAGAACUCAGCUUCCAGAUGAGAAGUUGUCAAUAUAACUUCCCAAUCAGAAGAAUUAAGUGAGACAAAAUGCCAAAAUCUUUAUUUUUAUGCAUUAAGUAUAUUUUAAAUAGCUUUGGAACCUAACAGAAGAGUUGUAAGUAAUCGUGCCAAAGGCACAGCCUAUCUACAAUGAGACAAAAUUUAUGUUCAUGUAUACAAGAAAUGAUCGUAUAUAUUAUACAUGAAUGUACAUAUAUAUAUAUAUAUAUAUAUAUAUAUAUAUAUAUCUAUAAAGAAUCUAUACUGUACACACAGCUUACAGCAGUGCUAAUUUUUAAUGUGAUGUAAAGAGAUUUUUUGAAGGGACAGCUGCUUUACUUUUGUGUUUUGUUUUUAUUUCAUUUUAUUUUUGAAGAAAAGACUCUCUAUUGCCGUCUUUUGCAUCCUGGGAUUGGAUGUGAAACAUCUCACUGUAAAUAGGGUAUCAUUGCAGCAACAAUCAAUGUGGACCUAGCAAUGGUGGUGGUGCCCAACUGGUUGCCUCUCUUACCUGUGCUCAGUUUUUAAUAGUUUAGUACACAUCACUACUUACCAUUUUACUUCUUCAUUGUCAUUCUUUUUUGUGUGUGGUAAUGACCUUGUUUUUUUAUUUAACAUAGUAGGGUGUGUCAUCUAUUGUUUCUCCACUGCUAAUAUUAGUUUUUGUAAGUAGUUGAUUUCUAAAUUUUGAUUUUGCACAAGCACUAAGUAGAUGAUUUGACGUGACAGGUGCUGACCCGCCCUGACCUCUGUUAGCCUGCUGUGGGUCCGACGGUCAGCACAAUACUACUGGGAGAUAAAAACGGUUUCCUCUCUCACUGUCUGAUUUCUCUCAUGUCAGGUUUUUUUUUUUUUUCUUUUUUUAAAUCAAACUUGUGAAUAUGAUCUAUUUUUCCAUUUUGUAAUUAUUUCAUUACUUUAUUCCACUUCUCUGAAGAAAUAUUGAAGCUAAAAGAUUGAAUAAAUUGAUGGUGAUAAAGGAAAAA